AUUGCAUACCUUUGCACACGCAGGACAUUUCUCACAUUCGAAGCAAAAUUCAUGUCCAGCUAGUCUCUGGAGGCCCUACAAUCAUUUGCAGCGAGAUAGACGGUACUGACAGCAAGCUGAGACACGUGUUGAUCUGCUGAAGCUUGUAAGACAGUAACUUGAGUAAGAUUUGCUGUACAAGAAUCGACAACUCACAUUCUUCAUAUUAUUGAUUCUGAGAAUGGCAACCACAAAACACAUGUGUAAAGUGGCUCCACUCUUUUGGACUGUAUUAACAUUUGCCCUGUUACUUCGUCCCAGUAAUGGACAGAAUUCAACGGAUGCAAUAGCAAUGCCUGCAACAACGGUACCACUAACAACCACACAGAUGAUGUCUGUAGCACCCACACAAGCAUCGGUGAUAUUCUCGGUUGCUUCCACUGAUAUGCUGAUGCCCGAGACAAUGAGUUCUUCGCUGCCUGCACUGACAUCAAGCCUCAGUCCUUCACCCGAUCCUACCUCAACUGUAGUCAUGCCCACAGAGAGUGGUUUGAUGACAACAAUGGCCUCUUUACCCUCCAUGAUUUCUACCUCGACACCAAGCCUAGUCAUGGCUGUCACUACCUCGACUAGCAUGGCUCCCUCUGUUGAACCCACGCCUGUAAUUACUCCAAUGACUACAGAGCCUCAGCCCCCUACCACGACUGCUCCUCCUCCGCCAACCAGCUCAGGACUGACUACCGGGGCCAUCAUAGGGAUUGCUGUAGGGGGUGGAGUAGUCGUUAUAAUCGUCAUUGUUCUCUUCCUGGUCUGCUGUUGCUGGUGCUGUUGCAAGUCAAGGUCAAAGGAGGAAUACGUUGUACGUCCUUACGGAAACGUUGUCGUCCGCACAUGGGACCCUCGUACACAUCACGACAGGGAAGAAUCUCUCAGAGGAGGAUCGAUAAGAAGCAACGGAAGAAACUCAAUCGCACGAAGCUCUAUUUCAAGUGUUGGCUCGUUCCUGAGAGCAUCCAUUCGUCGUCUGAGUGGCAAGAGACGAAGUGGAAAGAGUGGAAAGAGACGCAGUAACAUGGUGGCUGACGAUGAACUAACCAUGAAAGUUACACCUUUAUAGAAGGACAAUGCAUUUGUUCACGCACUGUUUCAAUCUCAAUCAUGUUUUAGUCAUUGUUCUGCACUAGUUUAGUUUUAAAGUGUUAUCUGUCUGUCUAUUUUACAUGCCUGUUUGAUUAAUUAUUAUUACCUUGACUGAAAA